CGGGGUUAUGGGGCAGCCCCGGGUAUACCGGAUAGCCCUGAGGGUACGGGGUAGCCCGAGCUGGCCCCGCCGGUUCUCCCGGGCCGGUCACCUCACACCACUGUGCCCCGGCCCUGGGGGACAGACGUGUGUCGCGCAGCCCGUACUGCGGGGCUCUGACCGGGGCCGGUCUGAGUGAGCAGCGGCGGCUCCAUGGCUCCUGUUCCACGGUGGCGGCUCAUGGCCGGGGGCUUCCGGAGGGAUUGGUCCCCUCUCAACACCCCGCCUCGGGGCUGCCACCUCUCACUGCGGCCCCGGUACCGGCACCGGUUGUCGGCGGCGGCCUGGAGCGAGAGCCGCGGCGUGGAGCUCGUCUCCUUCACCGCGGGGAAGCGGCUCUGCAGGAAGAGGAGCGACGCGGGCCGCGUCCUCAGGAAGCAUCUGGCUCACAAAGGGUUACGCAAAGCGCCCUGGAGUGACUCCACUGCCACCAGCCCCGGAGCUUGGCUCCUUCCUGCUCAGACCCGAGGCUCGCUCCGAGUGGGGUUGAGGAGGAGCUGGCGCUGGUUCCAGGCCCCUGGGCAGGGCUGGCUGUGCUGCCCGGCAGCGCUCCUCUGCUUGCGCUGGUGCGUGGCCACCAUGGAGGAGAUGGUGAUCUGGGAGCAGCACACAGUGACCCUGAGCAAGGACCCUCAGCGGGGCUUUGGCUUUGCUGUCUCUGGAGGCCGGGACCGUCCCAACAGGGUGACUGGGGACACAGCGGUGGUUGUUUCAGAUGUGGUGCCCAAGGGACCAGCGGUGGGACGGCUCCAGAGGAAGGAUCACAUCGUGAUGGUGAAUGGCCUUUCCAUGGAGAACGUCUUGUCCUCCUUUGCUGUCCAGACGCUUAAAACCUGUGGCAAGAUUGCCAACAUUACACUGAAAAGACCAAAGAAAAUCCACCUGCCUGUGAGCAAGAGCAGCCCUGGCUCCUCCAGUGUGCCCCGGCGCUGCGACUCGGAUGAGGAUUGUGGGUUACCCAGUGCAGGUCCAGCCCUGCACCGCUCCCAGGACAACCUGGACCACAGCCAGGGCUAUGAUGGAGACUCAUCCAGCGAGAGGAGCUCUGGCCACCCCCAGGAUGAGCAUCGCCACCACAAGCCGGUGUCCCGGCGGCGAAGCAGCGGCUCGGGUCGGAGGGGCUACAGCCAGCGCCGCUUUGCCAAUGGGUUUGGCCACGAAGAGCCCACCAAGGGACUGGCCCUGGUGUCAGGCUUCAAGCGGCUGCCGCGCCAGGAUGUGCCCAUGAAGCCCAUCACGUCACUGCUGGUGAAGCAGAAGCAGGAUGAAGAGUAUGGCCUGAAGCUGGGAAGUCAGCUCUUCAUUAAGCACAUAGUGGAGAACGGGCUGGCGGCAAAGGGCAGCUCCUUGCAGGAGGGAGACCUCAUCCUGAAGAUCAACGGGGUGGCCAGUGGGGACAUGUCCCUGGCCGAGACCCAGCAGCUCAUUGAGCAGAUGGAGGGGACCCUGACCCUGCUCAUCCUCCGGGACCACCGGCAGUUCCUGGUCAACAUCCCUGACAUAGGAGAUAGCGAGAGUGACAGCUCCCAUAUGGAUGAUAUCUCUGACAUUAACUCUGAACUGUCCCAUCUGCCGCUCCCUGAGACGUCCCCACAACCUCCAGCUGCUGCCACUAUGAAUUCACCCCCGGAGGGCAGACAAUCGGACAGGGACCCUGCAGCUGACACGGCUGUUGGCAAUGCUCUGGGCCCUGGUGAGUGAGCUCAGACCAGGCCAGGGACAAGAAGGGCUCCAGUGGCCAGCCCCUCGGCCCGUGCUGCCCGCAAGGAUGGGAACACUGCUGGCUGCAGGGCUGUGCACUUCGUGAAGGCCAAGAGCGUUGGGCUGCAGUUGGCCGGGGGGAACGACGUGGGCAUCUUUGUGGCGGGUGUGCAGGAGGGCAGCCCCGCCGCCAGCCAGGGCGUCCAGGAAGGGGACCAGAUCCUGCAGGUGAACAACACCACUUUCCAGAACCUGACCCGUGAGGAAGCUGUAGAGUAUCUCAUGAGCCUGCCACCGGGUGAGGACAUCACACUGUGGACCCAGAACAAGCAGGACAUUUACAGGAAGGUGAUCUCUUCCAACGUGGGUGACUCGUUCUACAUCCGGACACACUUUGACUUCGAGAAGGACACUCCAUCAGGGCUCAGCUUCGUUCGUGGGGACGUGUUCCACGUGCUGGACACACUGUACCGGGGCCGGCUGGGGAGCUGGCUGGCAGUGCGCAUGGGCAGGGACCUGCAGGAGCAGGACAAGGGCAUCAUCCCCAACCAGAGGAGGGCUGAGCAGAUUGCCAGCCUGGAGCCCGUGCUGAAAGCCACGUCCAGUGCCAGCCUCUCCGCAGCACGGGCCGAGUUCUGGAAGCUGCGGGGCCUGCGGGGAGCCAGGAAGCUGCUGCGGAAGAGCCGGGAGGACCUGUCUGCCCUAACGAAGCAGGGCCACUACCCGCCCUACGAGAGGGUGGUCUUGAAGGAAGCCAGCUUCAAGCGGCCAGUGGUGAUCCUGGGCCCCAUCACAGAUAUUGCCAUGCAGAAGCUGAGCACGGAGCUGCCUGAGCUGUUUGAGAUUGCCCCCAGCCUGCCCUGUGACGGGGCAUCAGCCAAGGUUAUCAAGUUGGACUCAGUGCAGCAGAUUGCAGAAAAGGGCAAGCACGCCUUGCUGGACAUAACACCCUCAGCUGUGGAGCGUCUCAACUACGUGCAGUACUACCCGGUGGUGGUGUUCUGUGAGCCCGAGAGCCGUCAGGGCAUCAAGGCCAUGCGCCAGUGGCUGGCUCCCGACUCUAGGAAGAGCUCCCGGCGGCUCUAUGCCCAGGCCAGCAAGAUGAAGAAGCACUGGAGCCACCUCUUCACUGCCACCGUCAGCCUCAGCAGCAGCGCCUGGUACGAGGCCAUCAAGGACGUUGUCAGGACGCAGCAGAAUCAGCCCGUUUGGACAGCAGCAGAACAGUUGGAUGUGGCAGUGGAGGACAGUCUGGACCUGCUGAACUCGCCACGGGCAGCAGGCUCAGGCUACCUGACCUGUGACAGCCAGGCCAACAGUGACUAUGAGGACACGGAUGGGGAGGUGGAUGCCUGCACCGACGGGGAGGCCGAGGAUGCCUACAGCCAGGAGGGGCUGUCCCGCUCCUCUGAGCCAGCACAGGCUUCCCGGAGCCAUGGCCUGAGGGAUGAGGUCACAGAGGAGCAGCAGCACUACAGCAGCAUCAGGGAAUAUGAGCAUGCUGCUGUGAGGAAGAGGUUCACACAGGCCAGAGAUGACUCAGAUGAGGAUGAAGGCUACGAGUGGGGUCCAGCUACAGAUGUGUAGCCCUCACUCCCCUGUGUAUCCUGCACACAGCGCCACACAGCACCUUGCAGUUCCCAGUACCAAGUGCCUUCUUCCCUGUUCUGGCCUCUACUGCUGGAAUAAAAGGGAUGUUUUAACCAG